GAAAAGAGCGCGCAUUUUCCCUUCACUCGUCUCCUAUCGUACUAAGGGUGUAACAUCGACUCUUCGUCUCUUCACAUUCGAUCGAAUCUCUCGUCCAACCCAAUCCAAAAUGGCCAAAGGAUCCGGAUUAACCAAGCCCAUGAAGCUCAGCCCCGAGCUGGCUGAGGUGGUGGGCAAGAAGGAGGCCUCCCGAUCGGAGUGCAUCAAGCAACUGUGGGCCUACAUCAAGAAGCACAAUCUGCAAGACCCCGAGAACAAGCAGUUCUUCAAGCCCGACAAGAAGAUGGCCAAGGUUUUCGGCGAGGAGAAGAUCCGCGCUUUCUCCAUGGCCAAGUUCAUCGGCGCUCAUCUGUCCUAAACCCAAGGACUCGUUGCGUGUCUACUACUCUUUCAUCAUCGUCAAUAUCCCUAACUACAACUACUACAAUUACCACCACACCUCUUCAAUUCAUAUUAUUAUUAUUAUCACUACAAUCCCCCCGUUUGACCGACCUCGGAGCCAUUUCCUCACGACGAAGACUAGACUACUCCAUGACUCCAUGCCAACCCCAAAGGUUACCCACCACCCAACAAAAUGACUUAACCAACCACCAACCAACCAACCACAUGAUUGAAGAAGAUCGAAGAAGAACGAAGCUUAUGCCAAAGUACAAAUUCCAAGCGGUCGAGGAUGCGGGCUUUGUCACUAGCCGUGGAACCCCAUUUAUCGACUGGGCUGAUCAUCGAACCAUUUCGAGGAGCGAGGCAACCAUCCAUCCCCCCAUCUUCACUCAAACUACACAUGAAAGCGAUAUAAUAACAUCUAACGUUUUGGAACCAUGUAUUUAGUAACGAAAUUCCAUUGCGAUAUAUCGCCUCGAUAGCCCAUGUCAUGAAGUUAGCAUUAUUUUUUCGAAAAUAAAUGGAAAUGGUUCAGA